AUCGCCGUCGUCGCCGUCGUCGUCGUCGUCGUCGUCGGUGGUACAGUCGAGUAGGUUAAGGAAGCGGGACACGCGUACGGAUAGAUCAGUUCUUUUCCCCCGUGAUCGGUAGCGCGUUUCGUCGCGUACGAUCCAUGGAUUCCAGUUUGAUAUACAAUAUAUACACGCAUAUGUAUGUGUGCAUAUAAAUAUAUAUACAUGUAUAUGUAAACACACGUACACGCACACAUACACGGAUACAUAGUAUAUAUAUUACGUAUGUGUAUACAUCGUAGUGGUGUCAGUGGCUUGUUUUCUUGUUUUCUGAUUCUCCCCCUUUCGAGAUUGGAACUACCUGCAACAUUAGCGGCGGCGGCGGCGGCAUCAGCUGCCGCCGAACGUGUCGAAAGCGAGUCGUGCUGAUCCUUGGUUCACAAUAAACUUCAUUGGACCCGAAGAGUCGCGAGGAUUUCUUAACGAAACGGAACUCGUCGAUAAUCGACGGACAAUCAACCACAUGGUAGCAACCACGGGUGAAGUCCACCAGUAUCGGGCCACCGAUCAUACGUCGCUAAUCGUUUCCUAACGGAAAAGAUCUGUUCCGGUGCGAAUCUGUCGAAUGGUGAAAACGGGUGCGAUCGAUAUCGAGCGAUUUCACAAGACGACGAGGAAGGAAGAGCCGCGAGAGGGAAACGUACGGAGGAACGAUAGGGGUAGAAGAAAGUGAGUUAGUGAUACGAGAGUGUGAUAAAUAAGUGAGGGAGAAAAGGGAAGAGGUUAGCUGGGAUAGAGGAGAGAAGGUGGCGAAUAGGUUCGCUGUACAGGGACUUAGGAAAAUACAGAAUUGGUGUUGUAAGAUCGGUGGAAAGGAAUUUUCGUAUAAUCGUGGGGUUGGGGGGAGGGGGGUUGUGAUAUGGUGGUGAUCGUUGGUGCGUGCGUGAGUUAAGAAGUUUUGAAGGAGGAUAAAGGAGAGUAAAGUGGUGGAAAACUGUUUGGUGGGUGAGUGGUCGGAAAACUGCGAGAAGCUGCGACGAAACGCAAGAGGCGUGCAGAGUUGCAGCGUGGCGUGCUGCGACCCGUGGCAGCACGAAAUUAUGAAGCGCAUAAAGAGCGCCCUGUUGGCCGCUGCUUGUGAUAGCCGCCGGUGAAUGUGUGACCCGGGGGCAGCAGAGAUCCACCGUAAUGACGACCGAAGAGGCGACCGAGCAGCCCCCGGUAGACGACUGCCUGAAGGAACGGAAAUGGUGGUGCUUUCUACUAUCGAGCAUCUUCACUUUCCUCGCCGGGCUGCUGAUCGUACUCCUCUGGCGUGCGUUCGCCUUCCUCUGCUGUCGCAAGGAACCCGAAUUCUCUCCAAAUGACCCGAAGCAGAAAGAGCAAAAGACGAGCCGCCAGGGCAAGGAGUUCGAGGGGACUUUUAUGACCGAAGCCAAGGACUGGGCCGGUGAACUGAUUUCUGGACAAACCACCACGGGCCGUAUUUUGGUGGUGUUAGUUUUCAUUCUCAGUAUAGCAUCGCUUAUAAUAUACUUCAUUGAUGCCUCCAGUGAAGAGGUGGAACGUUGCCAAAAGUGGAGCAACAACAUUACUCAGCAGAUAGACUUAGCUUUCAAUAUAUUUUUUAUGGUCUACUUUUUUAUACGCUUUAUCGCCGCCAGUGACAAGCUGUGGUUCAUGCUGGAGAUGUAUUCGUUCGUGGACUACUUUACGAUACCACCAUCCUUCGUAUCAAUAUAUCUCGAUCGGACGUGGAUCGGACUGAGGUUCCUCCGAGCCCUUCGACUGAUGACGGUCCCUGACAUCCUCCAGUAUCUAAACAUUCUAAAGACAUCAAGCUCCAUUCGUCUCGCCCAACUUGUAUCGAUUUUCAUCUCCGUCUGGUUAACAGCUGCUGGCAUCAUUCAUUUGCUUGAAAACUCAGGGGACCCGUUCGAGUUCACGAACCCUCAACAGCUUUCGUACUGGACCUGCGUCUACUUUCUGAUCGUGACGAUGUCCACGGUAGGAUAUGGCGACGUUUACUGCCAGACGGUCCUCGGCCGCACAUUCCUAGUAUUUUUUCUACUCGUCGGUUUGGCCAUAUUCGCCAGUUGUAUCCCCGAGAUAAUUGACCUGAUCGGGACGCGAAACAAGUAUGGCGGCACUUUGAAGAACGAGCGAGGUCGCAGACAUAUUGUCGUGUGUGGACACAUCACCUACGAAUCAGUGUCGCAUUUCCUCAAGGACUUUUUGCACGAGGAUCGCGAGGACGUCGACGUGGAAGUUGUCUUCUUGCAUAGGAAGCCACCAGAUCUCGAGUUGGAGGGACUAUUCAAACGGCAUUUCACCACCGUGGAGUUCUUUCAGGGGACCAUCAUGAACCCAAUUGAUCUGCAACGGGUCAAGGUCCACGAGGCAGAUGCGUGUUUGGUACUGGCGAACAAGUACUGUCAGGAUCCAGACGCUGAAGACGCGGCAAACAUUAUGCGCGUUAUCUCCAUCAAGAACUAUUCGGAUGAUAUUCGCGUUAUCAUUCAGUUAAUGCAAUAUCACAACAAGGCCUACUUAUUAAACAUUCCAUCAUGGGACUGGAAACAGGGUGACGAUGUGAUAUGCCUGGCCGAACUGAAGCUGGGUUUCAUCGCACAGUCCUGUCUAGCGCCGGGUUUCAGCACGAUGAUGGCCAAUCUUUUCGCCAUGCGUUCCUUCAAGACGUCGCCGGAUACUCAGGCAUGGCAGAAUGAUUACCUGCAGGGCACGGGCUGCGAGAUGUACACGGAAACCCUCUCCCCGUCCUUUACCGGGAUGACAUUCCCCCAAGCCAGCGAGUUAUGCUUCACGAAGUUGAAGCUGUUGUUGCUGGCGAUCGAGAUAAAGGGCGAAGGAGGUGGUAGCGACAGUAAGAUCUCCAUUAAUCCACGUGGUGCCAAGAUCGUUGCAAAUACUCAGGGAUUCUUCAUUGCUCAAUCUGCCGACGAAGUGAAAAGAGCGUGGUUCUAUUGCAAAGCAUGCCAUGAGGAUAUAAAAGACGAAACGCUGAUCAAGAAGUGCAAGUGUAAAAAUUAUGUGGGGAUGAUGAUGAUGCAGACCGGCAUGGUGAAAGGAAACACUGCCUACAGCAGUUACCUGGACGUGGCCACAUUCCGGAAAGGCGUGCGAGCUGUUCAGAUGGUUGGAAAAGCAAGUGAAGACUUCUCGUACCCAAACGACCACCAUCCUCCCCCCACAUUCACUCCGCCAGAACUGCCCAAGAUGGUUCACGUAAGAGGUGAGAUCAGUCGUGAACGAGACGACCCAAACGCGAUGAGAAAUCAUCGAAAUUCCGUUGGAAUGACCAUGAUGAACUCGACGAAGCAGGUGAAUAAGGUGAAACCGAACGUGAAUCGAACGACAAACGACAGCUUGUUGAGUCCAACUCAACCAUACAAUCAAAGAUCGCAAGAGGAGUCCGCAUACCCUGGUUACCACCUCGCCUACGAAGUCAAAAAGCUCAUGCCUACGAGCAGAGCUUCGGCAGGUACCAACGUGAACAACAACGGUGGUCUUCAAGUCGGAAUCGCGGACGAUCAAGCGAAGGAUUUUGAUUUCGAGAAGACCGAAAUGAAAUAUGAUUCGACGGGUAUGUUCCAUUGGAGUCCAUCCCGCAACCUCGAAGACUGUAUACUGGAUCGUAAUCAGGCAGCCAUGACGGUUCUUAAUGGACACGUCGUUGUCUGCCUAUUCGCUGAUCCUGACUCGCCCCUCAUCGGACUGAGAAACCUUGUCAUGCCAUUACGAGCUUCCAAUUUUCAUUACCACGAGCUUAAACACGUAGUGAUAGUUGGGUCUGUCGACUACAUCCGCCGCGAGUGGAAGAUGUUGCAGAAUCUACCGAAAAUAUCAGUGUUAAAUGGUUCGCCAUUAAGCAGAGCCGAUCUGCGUGCUGUGAACGUAAAUCUGUGCGACAUGUGUUGUAUCCUGUCGGCUAAAGUGCCUAGCAAUGAUGACCCCACCCUCGCCGACAAGGAAGCCAUCCUCGCGUCCCUUAAUAUCAAGGCAAUGACCUUCGACGAUACAAUUGGUGUGCUCAGCCAAGCAAAUAAUGAGCAAGAUAAUUUGACCGCAGUUGGCAGCCCAAUUGUUUUACAGCGACGGGGAUCCGUUUAUGGAGCAAACGUGCCAAUGAUAACAGAACUCGUAAAUGAUAGUAACGUACAGUUCCUCGACCAGGACGACGACGAUGACCCGGAUACUGAGUUGUACCUCACCCAACCCUUUGCUUGUGGUACUGCUUUCGCUGUCAGCGUAUUAGAUUCUUUAAUGUCGACGACGUAUUUCAAUCAAAAUGCGCUGACUUUAAUUCGAUCGCUGAUCACUGGUGGAGCAACGCCUGAGUUAGAGUUAAUUUUAGCUGAAGGAGCAGGUUUAAGAGGAGGUUAUAGUACUGCUGACAGUCUGGCAAACAGAGAUCGAUGUCGGGUUGGUCAAAUCGCGUUAUACGAUGGACCUUUAGCCCAAUACGGCGAAGGAGGCAAGUACGGUGACCUCUUUGUCGCAGCAUUAAAGUCGUAUGGAAUGCUGUGCAUUGGUCUGUACAGGUUUCGAGACACUAGCUCGUCCUGCGAUGCUUCUUCUAAACGAUACGUUAUCACCAAUCCUCCGGAUGAUUUUACGUUAUUACCUACAGAUCAGGUUUUCGUACUGAUGCAGUUCGACCCAGGACUAGAAUACAAACCAAGCAGAGGAGCCCGAGGAAAGGAUGAUGCCUCCUGACUGUUACUGUGUAGCGCCCUCACCGAUGGACCUUAUUCCUACAUAUAAUCAGGCAAAGGAAACUCAUCAUGCCGCCCGUCGUCCCUGCGAAUACGAUUAAUCUUCGUUGGCUACCAUUUGGUACGAUGCUACAUGUUCUCAACGGAUUAUCGCAAACCCCGUCCAUACAAUAAGUCACUAACACGUCCGUUUUUGCUGCUGAUCACGUGUCGCUAGCGAUAUUUUAUUGGCUGGCGCCUCAUAGCCGUUUCGGUUUCCCUUCAAUAGUGUCUGCAAAACUUCUUUGAAUCCCUAUUUAACUCAUCGCUGUGUAAGAUUGAUUUUCACAUUGUGACUGAACAUUUUUGCGUUGAGGCAUGCUUGGUGGAGCAAUGAAUAUCGUGGUGAGAAAAAAAAAAAAAAACAAAGAAGAAGGAAACGAAGAUAUGCCAAGGAAGAAAGAAAGAAGGGAUACCGGGAUAAUGGUAUGAUGAAGCACGGUCCGAGGGUAGCUACACGUUACACUAUUUCACUCUUCGUAUAAGACAUGAAAUAAGAACGUCUUCGACGGAAGGCGGCAUAAGGACUGAACGGCUUACUUUAAAGCAUCAAACUGUGUGACUAGAUCCCACUCCCCAUUCUUUCAAAGUACAGAAGAAAUGAGAAUAUACCUAAAGAUAAAAUAAAAAAACACAAAAACUAAAAAAAUACAAAUGCGAAGCAAGCAGCUUAACUGUAAAUGCUUGAGAACAUCUUCAAGGCUGAUCGCUGAGGAAUUGUAAUCGCCUUCGCGACUUAACGUAUACCAUCGCUGUAGCUCAUUCAGGAUAUGUAAAUAGGUACGGAAUAGACAGAUACAUUGUCAUUCUGUAGAACACUGUAAAAAUGAAGUCAAAGGAGGAGGACAGAGGAAGAGAUACAGAAAAGUUGUAAAAAAUUGAUUGAGAUAAAUUACACCCCCGAGGGGACCUCUUCUGGUUCUUUCGCAUAAAAAAAAAAACAUCAUUCACUUCGCAAGACAGUCGUGUGUUCGUUUCUUGUAUCAUGAUUUUAUACCUUGCCUUGUCUGCGAAUGAAAAAUACGUACACAUAAAUGGUUGGACGAUAAUUUUGCCCGCUUCAAAUAUCUUCAUUGUUCUUAAGAGUACAAGCAAAAAUGAUUGAUAAAAGUUGUACAAUAUUAGGAUUAUAACAUUUGUAAUUUUUCUUUUUUUGUAGAUUAAGGACGUACUAGAAUUUUCAAACUCACAAUCACUUCUUUUUUAACCAUGUUCUUUUUCAAAGAAUCCUGUUUCGUAAUUCUGCAAACUAUGAAAAUAUUUUUGGCGGGCAAAGUUAAUGUCCCAGCCUGUAUAUGUAUAUGUACACGUAUAUGCGCAUUUACAGGGUGAUUUUUGCAACUAAUGUAAAUUAUAGCUCCCAUAUUAUAUAUUAUAUAUAAUAUAACAUUCUAAUAGCAGAAAGUGUUGUACGAUUUAAUGAAAUCUAAUUUUUAAUUUAUCUUAACCAAAUAAAAAUGGAGACUAAGAAGUGGAUAUAUGUAUUUUUAAAAAUGUUCCAUUACAUUUUUUAAUAUAAGUGUCUUUAACUUUCUUCUAAUGAAUUUAUAUUCUAUUACAUUGAAUUAUUUUAUUUAAGCACAACAAGGUACACUAAUUAAAUAAAAAGAAAAAAAUGGAUUUCACUAAAUUAUACAGCACCCAAGCCUGCUUUUCUCUUAAGUUUAUCAAAUGAAAAGAAAAUAGUUGAUGCAACAAUCACCGUGUAUACGUAGUGUUAAAUGAAACGAUAUGCAAUGCGUGCCACGACAGAACAGAAUACGUGUGAAAAGGGAGUGCAGGGACUACCUGUAAACAUUACCUUGAGUGUCUUCUUUUGCGGUUAACGAUAAAAAUCUCAAUCAAGCACUUUGUACAGGUUCUAUACAUAAAAAGGUGUAUGUAUGCGUGUAUGUGUGUGUAUGCGUGCGUGCGUGCGUGCAUGUGUGCGUGCAUGCCUGUGUGUGUGAGAGCAUAAUAAUAAUUACAAUAAAAAAAAAAACACCCUUUUCCACACAACUUGAGUAUUACCUGACUAUAUAUCGGUAUAUAUAUACAUUAUAGAUAUAUAUGCACAUACAUAUGUAUACAUAGACUCUCUCCCCUUUUAUAUAUUUUUGUGACAUUCUCGAGUAUGUACAGGCUAUCUCAAAAAAGAUGCACACCGUCAAAAUAUCGCAAAUUCUCCAAAAGAAAUAAGAAAAUCCUUGUAUAAAAGCGAUUAAAUAUUGGAUGUCCGACUACCGGGUAACCCUGUUCAUGUGGUGACGUUCACACCCACACUGAGGGACACGUGUACUUAGAUAGGCAAGCGCACACAUAGAAAGCACUAUCAAAAUGAUAAGAGGGCAUUCACACUAUUGUUUCGCUAGAUGGGACCAGAUGGAACCGAACAUCCAAUUUUUAAUCCCAGAUUGCAAAAUGCUGAAGAAAUUUUUUAUUUCUUUUGAUAUGGUACUUGCGGUACUUACGGUGUGCAUCUUUUUUUGAGACAGCCUGUAUAUGUACGUACGGUCGCGUGCAAUUUAAGCUUCCUUUGAUUAAAAGGAAGUACAGAGGAGGAAGUGACCCGCCAUUUGCUUUAUUUAUUCUUCCCUAAGACCCAAGGCAAAUGACGGAAGUCCUUCUCUCCCCCUACACCCCUAAUCAACAGAAGCCUACUUGCAUUGCACCCGGGUGUACAUCCGUAUACGUAUACACAUAUGUAUGUAUGUAUAUAAAAAUGGAUCAAAUAAGGUAUACAUACAUCUAAGAGGAAACACAUGAACACACCGAUUACUUCUUCCUCGCUCCCCGCUUACACACACACAAAACUUUGAAACACGCACACAUAGUAGUACACAUAUACGAGGACAUAUACAGGUGCGUGUACAUGCGCACGUGCACACAUAUACUCAUUCAUGUGAAAGAAAACGUCUAGUCGUAAUGGUACCGAUUUACAAAAGAGAAACCACACAUGCGUGCGCGCACACGCGCACGAAAAUAAUGUUACAUCGAUGAAAAUACGUGGAUAAACCAAGGACGGAAAUAUGGGAACCAUGGUGACACGGUUCGCGCGUGUACGGAACUAACGUAAAGUGGAAUGAUGUGUUGUGCGACUGAACAACCAGGAUGGCAGACCGAAAAAAAUACGUCGUUCCUUAGGGAUCGAAUUUGUUCAAUAUCAAUCAUAAGGUGGAAAUAAUUUCGGACGAAGUGGAACGAUCUUACCAAGGACAAGGAAUUAUUAAAAAAAGUAGCUGUGGUAGACGCUGCCGUGUAUCGCGAUUACGAGUCGUCGCCGCCGCCACCGCCAUUGCUGCUAUUUGCAAUAUCCAUAUGCACUAUUCACUGCCACUGCAGUUCGUGUUAUAUCGUUGUAUAUAACUUUCUAUGUAUGGCUCGAUUAAGGCGAGAAGGGCUGGUGAGGUGUGCGGUUCGUAUGACUCCAUCUUGAGUGGACGGGACUAGGGUACAGCAUCAGCCGCAAGGAAUGCCUUUUGUUGCUCCUGAUUUAUACACCAUCCAACUACUUUCCUUUUCUUUCUAUUCGAUCGUUGAUCAGUUUACCUUUUCUUCGCGACGUAAUAUCAAUGUUUAAUGUAUUUUCUUUAAACAGUCAUGACAAUGAACAGAUACUAAUGACACACUUUCAGCAUCAAAUUUCUUUGCUUCCAUGUUGAAAUGUGGGUUUCGCGUUAUAAUUCUGGAUAUAAUUCAAGUGAAAAUUUUAGAUUAUUAUUUGUUACGUUUUUGUUUUCUUAUAUAGUAGUUUUUAGUUUGAAAUAUAAUCUUUUUUUAUGAAUAAAUAUCAUUGCAAUUCCAAUAUAAAUAUAUUCAUAUAGGUGGCCAAGUAUGCACAUAGAUUUUUUUUUUUUUUUUCGUGAAUACUGAAUUGAAUUGUUGUGUUUUUGGUUAAUAAGGUAUUUAAUUUUAGUUAUAUUUUAGAUAAAUAAUCUAUUUAGUAUGAUGUUAAUUAUGUUCUUUAUUUUGAAUAGUACUUUUUUUUAUCCAGCAAAAUUAAUAAAUUUUGAAAGUAUAAAUGGCUGAAAGUGGAUCACCAGUAAUAUUACCAUUUUUCCAGUCUUUUAUCUCAUUUUAUUAUUAAAUAAUAUUUUCUUUUUGUAUUAAACUUCGACAAAUCGAAGAUUGAGAGUGUAACGGAAGGUUUCCUGCAGUAUUUUCGAAACGAACGAAAGAGAAAGAAGAAAAAUCUUUCUUAUUAAUAUUUAAUGCUGCUGAUGGCAAAUGAAAGGUCUGCGAAUAAAAUUUGACUGAAGAUUAAAAAAAAAAAAAUUAAUAAAAGACAAUUUAGAAUUAUCUUCUUUUUUGUAAAAUUCGAUGUCUCGAAGAGCUGGCGGAGGCGUUGCUGAAAAAAGAAAUAUUCUAAAAACGAAAAAAGACAAAAAAAAAUAAAUAAAUAAAUAAAUCGCGAUUUCGUUUUUAAAGAAAGUUCACGCGCACGAGUAGUCGAUUUUCAUAAUAAUCGUUCGGCGAGUUAGUAAUUUUUAAAGAAAAACGAAAAAAAAAAAUCAGAAACGAAGGAUUCUCGGUGACCCUGCCUCGCCUUGAUGCGAUUAUAUACGAAAAAAAAAAAAAUUUGUGCGUUAGAUUUUGUGGAAAUUGUUCGUUAAGUGAUAAAAACAAAUGAAAUUUGUCGGAGCCUUGUGUAGAGUUUUAGAUGAUUGGUCGUAAUUUGCGUCGCGUGGGUGAGCCAGGUAUUUAAAUUUUUCUUUUAAUUAUUAUUAUCAUU